CUGAGAAAAGGUGGAUUAUAUCUUGAGAAAAGGUGGAUUAUAUCCUGAGAAAAGGUGGAUUAUAUCUUGAGAAAAGGUGGAUUAAAUCCUGAGAAAAGGUGGAUUAUAUCUUGAGAAAAGGUGGAUUAUAUCCUGAGAAAAGGUGGAUUAUAUCUUGAGAAAAGGUGGAUUAAAUCCUGAGAAAAGGUGGAUUAUAUCCUGAGAAAAGGUGGAUUAUAUCAGGAUGAUGAGGAGCAGCUGCAGGACUUCUGGACAUGUGACCUUCCGCAGGAAGAAGCGAACCCUCUGACUCAGAGCUUCCUCCUCCACAACAAAACAGUCCGACAGAAAGACGCAGGACUCCCGCCCCAAGAUGCCGAACUGCGACCCGUUCGGUCUGUGUCAGUACCAGACCAACAAGCUGGUCCGGAUCCACUCGGUCCGGCUCGGUUGUCUGAAGUGGAGCCUGAACGGAGCCAUCCUGGUUUUCAUCUGCAUAGUGAUGCUUUGGAACAGGGAGUACCAGGAGUUUGACUUGGUUGUGAGCUCUGUUACCACCAAGGUGAAGGGUGUAGCUCGCCUGUCCGGGGUUGAGGACAUGGUCUGGGAUGUGGUGGACUACAGCGGACCCUCACAGGACAGGAAUUCCUUCUUUGUGGUCACCAACGUCAUCGUGACGAAGAAUCAGACGCAGGGAAAAUGCCCGGAGGUUCCCCAUAAAGACAAACUGUGUCGGACUGAUAAGGACUGUGAGAAAGGAGCCUGGGACCAGCAGAGCCACGGCAUUCAGACGGGGUCGUGUGUGAAGUUUGACGUGAUGAAGAAAACCUGUGAGGUUUCUGCGUGGUGUCCCAUAGAAGCCAGCACAAGCCCUCCGAGACCGGCUCUGCUGUCAGCAGCUGAGAACUUCACCGUCCUCAUCAAAAACAACAUCAGAUUUCCGGCCUUCAGCUUCAUCCGACGAAACCUCCUCCCACACAUGAACGACGCCUACCUGAGGAGCUGCCAGAGAGCCAGCGACCCGCUCUGUCCCAUCUUCAGACUGGGAGACAUGGUUCGUGAGGCCGGGGAGACGUUUUCCAACAUGGCCGUGGAGGGGGGCGUCAUCGGCAUUCUCAUUGAAUGGGACUGCAACCUGGACCGUCUCAUGCACCGCUGUCGUCCCAAAUACUCCUUCAGGCGGCUGGAUGAGAAAGAGAGCAACAGAACGCUGUACCCCGGCCUCAACUUCAGGUAUGCAAAGUACAACAUAGUGAACGGAGUGGAGGAACGAACGCUCUACAAAGCAUUCGGGAUCAGAUUUGAUGUCAUGGUGUUUGGACAGGCGGGAAAGUUCAGCUUCAUUCAGCUCAUCAUUUACAUCGGCUCAACGCUGUCGUACUACGCACUGACGACCGUGUUCCUCGACUGGCUGAUUGAAACCAGCUGUUACUCUGCAGAAGUCGGUCAAAGCUACUCUGAGAGGAAAGUGGAGUCAGUCCAGGACAGCCAGCAGUGCAUCCUCUGUGUUUCCUAUGUUGACGAGAAGAAGCUUCGACUGGUGAAGAGAUCACUUAAGAAAAGUUUACAGGACAUCAAACCAGUGUCUGUUCAGCCUCGCAAGGAGGAUGCAGCACACCAGAGAGUCGUCCUCUGUCUUCUACAGCCAGAUGUUGGAGCACAUCAUGAUCCUCAGCCCCCCCACUACCAUAAACCAGACCCAAACCCCAAUCCCCGCCGUCCAGCCUGGUGUAAGUGUGACUGCUGCGCUCCUGCCUCGCUCCCUCACGAGCAGCUAUGCUGCAGAUGGCGCGAUGGGGCCUGCAUCACCUCAUCUUCUCUGUUCCAGCAGCUGGUUUUGCAUCGCUCCCUGCUGGAAGCCAUCCUCCUGUACCAGGACCCCUUGUCCUCUGCAGCCGGUGUGGUUCAGACCACCGCCCUGCGUCAUUGCGCCUACAGACAGUACAUUAACUGGAGGUUUGGGCUUCCAGCUAACAACGCUAACCCAGUCAUUCCCAGCUGCUGCGUGUGGAGAAUCAGGAAGGAGUAUCCGAGCCCGGACGGGCAGUACCGCGGCUUCACACCCACCAUGAAGGAAAGUGCUAACGGAGAUCUGUGAGAGUUUCCUCGCCGUGGAUCUGGGAUAUCCUCACUGUGUGAUUAACUAACGAUGUUGUUGUGUUAAAAACAAAGAAAGUUGUGCAAUAACUUUGCUCAGCUUGGCAUAAACUGUUUUCAGUUUGUUUUGGCCAGAAGGCGAUGAGAAGAUGGUUCCUCAGCAUGUCAGUAAACUGGUUCAUUGUCUAAAAUCUGCUUCUUAGCUGCAGUUUUCCUCAGUUUUAGUCUUUUAAAGCAGCUUUCUGCCUUUCAUGGGCACAAAAAGAGGAAUUCUUCUGCCAGGAAGGUGUUCACAUCACCAUAUAUGAAAGAGGAACUUUUCAUUUUGAGUCUGUCUACAUGUUAACUUCUGCUGUCUGCGUAGUGUCGGUUUACUUUGUAAAUAGGACAUUAAUACAGCCACAGACACCUGAACCAGGACCAAAUAAAAACCUAACCAUGACGUCUGAUGAAUACUAAUAAUGGCUCUAAUGAAGGUUUUGUCCCUUCUUGGGCGGCUGUAGCUCAGGCGGAAGAGCCGUUGUCCACCAACUGGAAAGUCGGUAGAUUGAUUCCAGGCUUCCUGACUCCAUGCUGACGUGUCCUUGGGCAAGACACUGAGCCCUACGUUGCCCCCCGAUGUGUCCUGAUCGGGGUAUGAAUGAAUGCGACGUGUAGUGUAAAGUGCUUUAAGUGGUCAACAUGACUGGAAAAGGGCUGUAUAAGUCCAGUUACAUGCUGAGCUCCAGGCUGUGGUGACUUUCAGAGUCGUCGUUUAAAAAUGGAUUCCUAGAAAAUAAUUCUUAUGCCCUACCUGCAUCUACACCAGUUAAAUCAGUUAUGUAUGAAUACCACAUUAAUUCAAGUUGACUGAUGUGGCACACUUUGAUUUGAAGUUGCAUGUUGUUAAACAAAUAACCUCCGGCUGAAGGUGAAGACAGGAGCUAAACCAAACAUGACUUUUUAUGAACAUCAAUCUGAAUCUAUAAUAUUUCUCAACCUGCCAGCUUCUAGACAAUCUGAGAUCUGAUCAGCCUGAUCUGAGACUAGAACAGAAUACCAUUAGCUCAGCCCAUUCUUCAGGAAGCCUUUUUGACAUUUGCCUUGGCCCUCCGGACUGAGGCCCCAGACCUUCACCAUUGUUUUUAGAAACAGUCCAGCUGAAUGAAAUGAGUCUUUUUUAAAACAGCUAAAACAGGCCUGAAAUAGCUCCUGACGACUGCUUCCCAUUACUCAUCCACUGACCCAGAGCCCGAACAGCCCCCACUGGUGGAAAAUCUGAUAAGAAAGACCCUUUUAUUUUCCUUCUGUUAUAAAAAAGGUACCGGGACUGGAUGACGUAUUCUAUGACGAGAGAUAUUUCAUGAAUGUAUGUUUUCUUUAUACAUAAUCUAAACAGAGCAUGAGCUUUUAGAUCGCCCGAACAGCUAAACAUAGACGAGUUACUGCUGUGUUUGGACUGAGGAGACCUGCAGGACCACGAGAAGAUGCAUGUGGAGUGUGAGGGGGGUCGAGGCCACGAUGGAUGG